AUGAAGGCUUUCACUCUCUCUGCGCUGAGCACUCUGUUCGCUGGCUUGACGCUGGCUCAUCCGGUCGACCUUGCCAAACGUACCGGUCGAUUCUCCGAGGUUGAUAUCACCAUUCUGCAAUUUGCUUUGACCCUUGAGCACCUCGAGAACACCUUCUACCGGGAAGCCUUCGCGACCUUCCAGCUUCAGGACUUCCUCAAUGUUGGUUUCGACGAAGAAUUUUUCCUGAACCUUCAAUUCAUUGCCGCUGAUGAAUCUGCCCAUGUGGACUUCCUCAUCGCGGCCAUCCAAUCUGCCGGUGUUGCCCCAGUUCAGCCCUGCCAGUACAAAUUCCCAGUCACGGAUGUUGCCAGCUUUGUGACUGUCAGCGCUAUUUUGGAAUCCAUCGGGACCAGCGCCUACCUCGGGGCUGCCCCGUUCAUCAGCUCCCGGGAAAUCCUCACUGUCGCCGCGAGCAUCAUGGCCACAGAAGGGCUGCACACCAGCUUGCAACGCAGCUCUCUGGGCGCCAUUGGGGCGGCUAACCCAUUCCAGACCUCACUCGACGCCAACUCGGUCUUUACCCUUGCCUCGCAAUUCAUCGUGUCCUGCCCGGCCUCGAACCCACCCCUGCCAUUUACUGCCUUCCCUGGCUUGACGGUCAACGCGCAGCCUUGCUUCAACGAGGUCGGAAUUGCCAGCAGCGGAGGCUUUUCCACCCAGUCGAUCGACUAUGCCACUAUCGUCUCCGCCGUCGCGGCCGCUACCGAGACCGCCACUGCUUCUGUCGCCGAGGUCACUGAUAGCACCACUGUAGAGACCGCCACCGCCACCGAAGCUGCCGAGAUGGCCACCGCCACCGACGCCGCUACGACCACUGAGGCUGCAGAGAUGACCACCACCACCGACUCAACUGCUGCCUAUAGCACUACCGCCGCCGCUGCCAAGCGCAGUCCCCUUGAGGCCCGCGCGUUCGUAUCGUCCUGUCAAGCCCCUGGCGCGGGUUCCCCUAUCCAGUUGAUCCCUGACUUCUCUCAAUCUCGCGGUAUCGACUUCUCCCGGAUCCAGGUCGUCUUCGUGACCAUUGUCUCUGGCCUUCAAGUCGUUUCCAUUCAGGCCGUGUUCGGGUCGGAUGGAUCCAUCAACGUAAUCAUCCCCGGCUCGAUUGGCGGUGGGCAGGUCUUCAUCUUCAUCACCACUGUGGACAUAUCCGGACGGAGUCUGAGCGAUCACGAAAUCUUGUUCGGACCCGCCGUGUUCGAGCGUGAGUUUUUGGUCCAUUCCUGA